AUAUCCAUGGGAUCUUUAUGCAUGGCCGCUCUCCACGUGGCAUAAAUUUCUUUGCAAAAUAUUCCCAGGGCUAUGAGGCGGCACUGCGAUCGAUCGGUGCGCUCCUCCUCUUCGCGCUCUCGCUGAAAUCCCCUCGAGGCGCGCGAGAAAUGCUAUCGCUGCCGCCAUCGCUGAUUUCUAGCUGGUGGCACGACGCGGCGCAAUCCAAGACAUGGAUCUUUACUGCGCUUGGCGGUGCCUACACCGCGAUCUCGCUCUGGGCUCUCGUGCAAUUGAUUCGAAUCGAGCGGAGGGUCCCGGAGUAUGGAUGGACGAUCCAGAAGCUCUUCCAUUUGCUCAACUUCGUCGUGAAUGGAGUUCGAGCCAUAGUUUUUUAUCUGUGGACUCGGGUUUCAUCACUUCCACUGGUGGUGCAAUCCAUCCUUGUCGAUCUCCCUGGACUCCUGUUCUUCACAACGUACACGCUCUUGAUCUUGUUUUGGGCCGAUAUAUAUCACCAGGCUAGAAGUAUCACCGCGGAACACUUCCGCACGGUGUUUGUCGCGAUCAAUGUCUGCGUCUACGUCAUUCAGCUUAUUCUGUGGAUUGUUUCGCUCUGGAUUCCCAAAGUUGCUGAGAAAGUUUUGUCGACAAUCCUAUUUUCUGGUACUUAUUUCCUUUGUGGCUGCUUUGGAAGCACUGUAUACGACAAUGUUUUUGUUCUUUCCUUUGCAGCUAUCUCACUUGCAGCAGCCAUUGGGUUUUUGCUCUAUGGUGGACGCCUGUAUUGCAUGCUUCGAAGGUUUCCAGUGGAGUCCAAGGGGCGCGAAAAGAAAAUCCGUGAGGUUGGAGCUGUGACAGGAAUAUGUUCCAUCUGCUUCGUCAUAAGAUCUGUUUUUGUUGCGUUCUCGGCUAUCAGCAAGAGCAACAGCCUGGAUGUCACUGAUCAUCCCAUCCUAAACGCAAUUUAUUACGGGGUAUCUAUCUUUUCUUUUCCCUUGCAACUUCUCAUUUUUGGUAUCUUUUCCUUCUUUGUUUUUUCAGGCUGUAGAAAUCUUACCAUCGGUUCUUGUUCUUUUCAUCCUGCGGAAAUUGCCUCCCAAGCGCCCGCAGCCCCUGCUCCACUUCGCACUCGACGCCGGAUCGCCAUAGCUUCUUCCUUUCGCGACAAUUUGUGAGUAUAGUUUUUCUAGAUUACUUUGUUAUAUACAAGAGGCGCAGCUGUAGAUC